ACAAAGAACCUAUCUCAUCGAUUGCCAUGACAGAGCCUAUCUCUGCGCGCGUCGUACUUCCUUCGCCACCCUCUUCUCCCGAGCCAGAACACGACGAAAAUGACGAAGUCUCCUCCGACUUUCUCGAUUCCUGGCCGGCAACGACCUCGGAGCUUGAUCUUGUGCACUGCCGUUUAGGCUCACUGGAUCCCCUCCACCUCCCUCGUUUUGCACAGCACCUAAAACGGCUAUGUGUACGGCAAAACCACAUAUCUACUCUUGAGCCCCUUGCCUUGUCGUCAUUAACAUUACUAGAAGAACUCGAUGCUUACGACAACAAGCUCAAGAACUCCGGAAUAACCACUCUACCGGCCUCACUCAUAACUCUCGACCUGAGCUUCAAUUUGUUGAAGCACGUUCCCGAUGCUCUUGAAAGCUUACCAAACCUUGAGACGGUAUAUUUCGUGCAGAAUAAGAUCUCACGGAUCGAGCAUCUGGGAAUGUGUACUAAAUUGAAGAGUCUCGAGCUGGGCGGGAAUCGCAUACGCGAUAUAACGUCUCUGUCUUCUUUGACCGCGCUUGAGGAACUUUGGCUUGGCAAGAAUAAAAUAACGACUAUACCGCCUGGCGCGCUCACGCCUCUAACGGCCCUUCGCAUUCUUUCCCUUCAAUCCAAUAGACUGACUCGAAUAACGGGAAUGGAAGGCCUUGUCAAUUUACAAGAGUUGUAUCUUUCUCACAACGGGAUCGAGAAGCUCGAAGGUCUACAAGACAACGUGAAUCUGACCACACUGGAUAUUGGGAACAAUUUUGUUCCUGCCAUCGAAGGAAUCGACCACCUGACGCAGUUGGAAGAGCUUUGGAUGAACAACAAUAAUAUCCCUGCUUCCGUCUUGUCCUCCCCUUUCCCUGAUCUCCCUGCUCUUCGUACCAUAUAUCUUGAGGGGAACCCAUGCGAGAAAGCGGAUCCUGUCAACUAUCGUCGUAAAGUCAUGUUGGCGCUCCCGCAGGUGACUCAGAUCGAUGCGACGUAUGUUAAAACCGCUUGAAUGGGUCUAGGCGGUGGUUGCUCCUCGCCACCUUAUUCUGGGAGACGUAUGUUAUCGAUGACUAGAAGUAAGACACAUGUAUCAGUAUAUUUAUCACUUCAGGACCUUCGUUUGUCAAUAAACGACAUUUAGGACGAUACAUUUUGAAU